AUGUCCGCUGUGCUAAACAUGGCGAUCUACAAACGUGCAAGUGGCUAUAGACCAUUUCUGUACAAUGUCACCAAUGAUAUUUGCAAAUUUUUUCAACACCCCUAUCGUUAUCCGGUGCUAAGGGUUUUAUUAUCGACUUUCAUGAAAAAUUCCAAUAUAAAUCACACCUGUCCAUAUGACCAUGACAUCAUUGUCAAGGAUUUGGUAUUCGAUGAGCAUAUGUUCAGUCUCCUGCCCCUGCCCGAUGGAGAAUACAUGUUUAAAUUGAUUGUCUUUGCCUACAAUGAUCGGAAAGCUACCGUUAGUGCUAUGUUCCAGGUAUCUGAAUAA